CCUGGGCGCAUAAGAGGGCCGCGGCGGGAGGAGGCGCAGACGGCGUUGCUCGCUGCGAAGGAAGCCGAAGGUGCAGGGAUGGCGGUGGUGUGCGCGCGCGAUUUCGCCGCGGUUUUUUUCCGGUGAGUGAUCGCCCAGGCGCCUGCUACCCAGGCACGUUUACUCGGGAGUAAGUCCCGCGGCGACCUUCCUUGGGCGCUUGUUGCCCGAUAUGCACAUUCAGUUGCAUAUCUAUCUAUCUAUCUAUCUAUCUAUCUAUCUAUCUAUCUAUCUAUCUAUCAUUUCCUUUACGUUUUCGGGGAGCUGGGCUGUCAGCGCCUGCUUGCUUGCCCCCGUUGCUUGCUUGCCCGCUUUCCUCCCUGGGCAGGAUCGGUCUCCUGAACUCCUGACCCGAGCAGCACCCCUUGGUCUCCGGCUGCCAUCUGGCUCCGCCACCUGCCGCGUCCUCUUUGUCCGGCUCUCAAAUGCGGACUAGGUGGCGCUCCUCUUUAAAUCUAGGAGGGUUUUCUUUGUGUCUUGGAGGGGCAGGGCAGGAGGUCGGCGUCGCAGGAUCCCGGGCUCUCAGUGGGUCACACGCUGACUAUCUAUAGAAUAAGACUAUCUUAAUUGGUUGCUUGGAAGUAGCCGCGCCUUCCAAAAUCAUCUCGCCACCGGUUGAAUGGACUGGAGGCUUGCUAAAACAACUUGAAAGCAAGCGGGCGGCGGGCGGGGAGCUGUGUGACUCCAACUUAUGGGGUUUGUGGAAGCAGCUUCCGACGUGGUGGCCUUUACUCAUAGAACGACGUGACUCGCUACACGGCAAGAAAAGACAGACGGGCCUCCGGGUCUGUGGUCUAAACUCAGGUCAUACCUUUUGUUAGGCUCCCACAGGUGGAUGCCCUUCACCUUUUUCUCCUUCCCACGACUGGAUGCUUGAAGCCGAGCAUGCAUGAUGUUAGAGCCACAGUCCAUCCUUUACUCCUGUUGGAUGCAUUUUCCACAGCUUCCAUUUGAUUUGAAGUCAUAAACCGUGUUUAAGCAGAGAUGUGUACAUUUGAGACAUCCUUUGAGCAUGUGCAGAUAACAGCCUCAGGAGAAGUGGGGAAACAAAGUCAGGGGAAAUGCAUCAGGCCAAGACAUCCUCGCCCCGUGUAUGGUGUUUAUAGCAGCGUUAUACAAUGGGGGUGGCAAUGACCUUGUUGAGUUUUAAGCCACAGGUCAGUCUAGCGCUCUUCUCUUUUAUCUAGAUAGGGUUCUUUGCCUUGAAAUGUCUCUUGCCUCUGACUACUAGUACACUUGAAAUAAACUACCUUUUGGAUAAAGAAGCUUCACCCUCUGAAGUGCCUCUUGGAACCUGUUGAAUGUUGCAGGUCAACUUCACAUCCUCUUAAGUAACUUUCACAGCACACUAACUGCUCUCCUGCACCACAUGCUAGUGUGCCCCACCACACAUUUUGGGAGUUAACCAGCUUGUGCAUUUCUACAGCAUUCCUGGCGUGUUUCAGAUGGUUUGUAUAUUGUCAUUGAAGCAGGUAUCUCGUAAAGCAGGUGUUGGGGAAGCUUAUUUGCUCAUUGGGAUAGAUCCUUAUCCAGAUCAGCCUCAGAGGUCAAAUUUAACCAUUUGCAUGUCAGUUGCAUGAUGUCAUUAUGGCGCAACAUGGUUCCUGCUUGUCAAAAUCCCUUGCACAGCUUUGCAAAUCUUCCCAAAGUCUUCUUUGCAAGUCUUUAAAUCCAAUGUUGGAGGUUUAAAAGAGGAGGCAAGUGCUUUAACACAGUGUUGUCUUAAAGUGGCAAAGCGCCCUUUGAAGGAGGCAGGGAAGCUGAUUCAAAGAGCACUUUUGCCAAGCACUUUAAGAGUGGAUGCACUGCCUAUGUCACUGGUGCCAACCCCAGGCGUCCGUGGGGGCUUUGGCCCCCACAAUAAUAUAUUUGAGGGAGUCACACACCCCAAGUCAGUGGGCGCCGCCAGACCCUGCUCUGCCUCUGGCUUUUCCUCCUGGUCCAUGAGAGAGGAGAAGGAGGAGCUGCUGCCAGCCAUUGACCACUGCAUCUGACUCUGCUCCGGCUCCUUCUCCAAAAACACAAUACAACAUUGCACAUUGUGCAUGUGGCAUCACAUGCACACGCCUGCACAUAGUGUGUGUGACAUUGCACAUUGUCCGCGUUACAUUGUGUGCCCCCCCCAGUCUUCACGAGAUGAUGCCAGUGAUCUGUGCUGCUUUCUUUUUCAUUUCUCAAAAGGAGAAAGAAAUAAAGACGUGUGUUGCAAGCAAAGUCAGCAGAAGUGAAUUCUUCUGUGCUGUACCUUUGCUUGUAAAAUGCAAGUUACAAGUUGGGUUGGGGUGCCAUAUGGGCUUUAAUCUGUGGUGGUGACAUCUGUUUAGCUUUUCUCCACGGAGAGCUCUUGCCACAGUUAAUCCUUUAAUGUGUUCGUAAAAUUACUUUUUACUUAAGACCUGUCAGUGGGGAAAGAGAGUCUUUCUGGAGACAAAUGUCACAGGAAUCGGUUCCAAGAAUAACUUAAAUCUAGAUACCACGUAUAGCUUGAGCCACAGUGACCCUUGUGCAAGCCUUGGAUAAAUAGCCAAGUUAUUGGAGUUGUGCUCUAUAAAUGUGAAACUCUUCUGAACACAGAGCAGAAAUAUAACUGUCUCAAGGGAAAGGUCUGCCUAAGCAAAACUUAUGACAUGUCUGUUGGCAACUGCAGACUAACAUGGAUUCUUGGCAGAGUAUUGUUUUAUAGGACUGCAAUCUUUGACCUGAUUUAACCAAGUUGGGAUUGUUUCUAAGUAAGCUUUAUAUGAGUAGGCUGCAUAUCCAACAACACAGUGCUGUUGCUUAAGUGAGGGCAUGGCUCUGACUUUUUUAAAUAUAAAAGCAUUAGGCAACCUUAAAAAUUGAUCUGCUGUAACCAGAUUACAGAAUUAAAUAUAGGGCAAUCAUGGCUUUAAGGAGACACUCCUAAUGCUGUGCUGGGACAGUGGUUGAGUCACAAAUAACCUAAUUUAAAGGUUUGUGUCCUAACCUAUCAUCCAAUAUGGAUCUUUCAAUUGUAAUUAACCUUGUUUCAGGUUGCCUAAGCAAAGUGCUUGGAUAUAGGUAUACAGUGAGAUGAAGUAAGAUCCUGCAAAAGUAUCCAUUGGCAAUCAAGGUGACUGGCUAAAUGCUUAUAAAUCUGAAGUGAGACUUUUAUAGACAGCCUGUAGAAAGUGCUAUGGCUGAACAGUAUAAAGGACUAGCCACUGCCAUCCUAAUUGUCGGCUGCAGUGUUUUUGCAGGGGGUCCUCUUGGAUUGAGUGCAACUAUGGAAGCACAGGUGAUGUUCGUGGCUAGGAGUGCCUUUUAUCAGCUUAUGCUGUCAGCUAUGACCCUUUCUUUAGGAAGCAUAUUUUGUCUCAGUCACACAUGUGCUGGUUAAAAUCAAACUAGACUACAGUGGUACCUUGGGUUAAGUACUUAAUUCAUUCCGGAGGUCCGUUCUUAACCUGAAACUGUUCUUAACCUGAAGCACCACUUUAGCUAUUGGGGCCUCCUGCUGCCGCCGGAGCACGAUUUCUGUUCUCAUCCUGAAGCAAAGUUCUUAACCUGAGGUACUAUUUCUGGGUUAGCAGAGUCUGUAACCUGAAGCAUAUGUAACCUGAAGCGUAUGUAACCCGAGGUACCACUGUAUUUAACAUAUACUUUGUUGGGCAAUCUUGAAAAAUGGCUUGGAACUGGUACAGAAUGUCAGGAUGUCUGAUGAGGGUUAGGUGUUUGGGCAAACCUGCAUUGUACAUAUUAGCAGCCAAUAUGUUUCUGGGCCCAAGGAGUACUGGCGUAGACCUUCAAAGCUCUAAACCUUUGGGUCUAGGUGAUUUGAAGGAUUGCCUAUGCGCAUGCAAGCCUGGCAAAGGCCUUAAAAUUUAUCUUGGGAAGGAAGGAUGAAAGAAGUCUGCAAACUUGCCAAGGAACUGAUAAGGUACAUUACUGAGUCAUCUGCAGUUUGACAGAUCACUCUUCUUCUUAGGCAGAGAGGAAAAAUGGUGAAAACAGGUUAUUUAUUGGGACAGAGUGAUUUUUUGCAUCUGUUAUUAAAGUUGCAAAACAACGGAGCAAUGGAGAAAUUUCUGAAACAAUGGGAUAUCAGCUACGCCCAAGGCAUGAUGGAGAACAUCAACAACCGGGAAAAGAUAGACGUAACAUUUUAUAAGGACAGGAAGAAACACCAAUUUGAGUAAUUGGUAUUAGUCAUUGUAUUAUAAUUUGGUAUUGCUAUAAUGAAGCAAUUAUUGGAUUGUAAUUGAAAAUUAAUAAAAAAGAUUAUCAACAAAAUUUAUUUUGGGAACCCAAGAUAAUUAAAAUGGCAGACAGUAGACACAGGACCUUCUCAGUGGUGGCCUCACACCUUUGAUAAUUCUUCCUGAGGAAACUGUGGACCGGAUCCUUUAUCUUUAACUGGGCUCUGAAAACAUUUCCAUUCUAAUCAGGUUUUUAAAUGUUGUGCUGAGUUUCUACUGUUUCCAUUAAUAACAAGCUAAAAUUAUCAGUAGUGUGUUGUAUUUUUAGCCACAGCUGCUUAACCUUUGUAAUUAUAGUUUAUGGAAUUGUUUAGCCCAAGUGUUUUAGAGGUGGUCUGGUAAACAUUGUCAAAUGUUUUUUGAUAGUCAAGUGUGAAUAUAACAUUCCUCAGUUAAGAGGAUGGGUCCUCUUACACAUCAAUAACUGGAACAGGAAGCAGGAAUUAAUAUGCUUAUCAUGAGAUACAUGCAAGAAGUGAAUUUAGGCACUAACAAUCAUUUAUUUGCUCCUUACAGCAGAUGGGCCCUAUUAUAUAUUCUAGCAAAGACUCCAGUUACUAGUCUGUCUUCUAAAGAUGCAAUGCUAAUAUUGGAAAUGGUAAACUAGACCAUGUUUAGGGGCCCAGCUGGCAAACACACACUAUUCUGAUCAGCUGCAAAGAUAGUCAAAUGGGUUUUACUGGACGCUGUGGGGAUGACACUGUAUAGCUCAUAGUUACAUCCACAGAUCAAAACAAUCACUGUUGGGUCAAAAUGCCCCUUCCCUCAAGUGCUUCAUAUCUCUCUUUCUAGCCUGGAAGAAGGUAUAUAUUUAGCAGUGCAUGAAAUGGUCUGCAUCUAGGCUGUAGGCUGACUUGAAUUAUACCCAUUGUGCUACUGUGUACUAAAAAUGAUUUCCUUGCUCUUAAAACUGAAACCAUACAAUGUGCAUUAAACAAAACAAAAAACCCCAAACUGCUUUCUGUUCUAGAUCUCUGGUGUCAGUGGGAGCAUCUCUAGGGUCAGUAACAAGACAGACCCUGUUUGCACCUCUUCCAGCUGCAGCUCGGCCCUUCCGUGUUUGUAACCAUGACAGAAGCAGUCGGAGAGGAGUUGUUGCAAGCACCCUAGAGGAGCUUAUUAGCAAGGUAUGCCUCCUGUCAAAAGCACAAGCCUGAUGAUCAUGCCAGGACCUCAUUAUCUCAGACAUGUGUUCAAAAAUUCUUGCCCUACAUACACACAGGUGAUGUGUGUACACUACAACCUCCAUCAGCCCCAGCCAGGACAUAAAAGGAAGCAGGUGGGUGAAGGCUACUGUGAAGUCCUAGAUCUAGCAGGGAUGUUAACUUCUUGGAGAAGUCUGGUCCUACCUGUUUGCCUUAGCUCCAGUCAUAGCUGUAUUAGAUGCUCAAGAUACCUUUUCGAUUCCAAUUAACUUAGCCAGUGAUCCAUAGCACUCUAGUCUAGAGAAAAGUUCUCCAUUGAACCUGAAGAUACAUCUCAUCCAACAAAAAUCCAACACCUUAUUGCAUAUCCCCAAGGCUCCUCUACAAGUUAUCUCAGUCCCUAAGUGUUAGGAGAAGCAGGACAGCAAUCAGGUCCUUUAUCCGCAGUGAAUUGGUCUGAUGGUCACCCAGUGAGCUUCAUAGCUGACUGGGGAGUUUCACCCAGGUUUCCCAGGUCCAUGUUCAGCAUUCUGACCACGACACCAUGCUGGCUGUCUCCGCACAUGAUGUGGAGCUGCCCUGUUGUAAGCCCCCUUUGGGGUGAGGCCUUUGUAAUGUAAUUAAUCACUGUGUUUCAAAGAUGCCUAUUUGUACUUUACCACUGGACCAUGAGCGCAGGUUACAUGUGCAUGCCUUCCAUGCAACAGUGACCAGCGGUUUGAAAUCCCUGUCCUUAUCUCAGGAGGCGAUUUAUAUUGCCAUGAGCACCAAGAAGAGAAAUUUGUAAAAAUUUGGCCAGCUUUCCUUGCGCAACUUAAGUUGGCAGUGCAGUAUACUUGUAUUAAACAACACUGAAAUAUCAUGUCCCUAACCUAUGUCCUCCUUUCCCUUUUUUACUUUUUGUGGAUUCAAAAAUUGUGAUAAAGUUUAUAUGGAAAAUACAUCUCUUAACUGAACAAGUAGAGCAGAAUUGUGGGAAUUGUCCCCACAAACCACCAUUAACCAUUUGUAGAAUGCAGAGGUGUAGAGUGGGUUGCAGCUGUCCUACUUAGACUAGAUUAGGAGACUGCCUGCAACCAGUCACAGCACCAAUUGCUACCUCAUACAGUCAAACCUCGGUUGUCAAAUGUAAUCCAUUCUGGAAGCCCAUUUGGCUUCUGAAACAAACUGAGGCGUGGCUUCCAGUUGGUUGCAAGAGCUUCCUGCACUCAAGCGGAAGCUGUGUCGGACAUUCGGCUUCCAAAAAACAUUCAAAAACUGGAGCAUUUACUUCUGGGUUUUUGGCGUUUGGGAUCUGAAGCGUUAAAAAAAGGAGCAGUUCAGGAACCGAGGUUUGACUGUACCAGCACUGGAAUGCUGCAUGGAUGGAAGACCAUCUCAGAAUCCUGUGUACAGUACUGUAGAAAGAGGAUGGGAGUGGGAAUGGAAUCGGAAUGUAAAGCAGUUAAGGUGAUUUGGAUGAUAAAGGGCAACUUGCUUUGUAGCUGUAGGAAUCUAGACUGCUUCUGCAAGUCACACUAAUAAUGCCCUCUCUUGGCAGCAGAAUUUCUUUAAAAUCUAUUUUCGAUUUGAGUUCUAAUCUGUCUGGCUAAACUAGAUGCAUCAUUGUGAAUGUGAUCAAUAUUCACUUUUAAAGAAUGUAAAUAGCAGCCACAGGGAGGAAUUUAACUCUCCACAACCACCAAAUCUCUCGAAGUAAUUUGUUUUGGAAAGAAGGCCUCCAUUGUCACUGAUGGGGGCUUUCCUCCUGAUUGAAAAUUGCAAGGUCUCUUGCUUGCAUGCAUGCACACACAAAGCCAGCACUGCUGCGUGUGUGUGUGUGUGUGUGUGUGUGUUUUCUGUUGCAUUCAUAUACCGUAUUUUCGUUUCCAUAGGCCUUUCCGUCCCAUAGGGCGCUUUUCACUUUUUGGAAAUAAAGGAAAAAUGUUUCCUUUAUUUCCCCAAUCAAAUCAGGGAACAGUGGGAUCGUGGCGCUGCGCCUCCCGUUGUCCCCCGACGUGGGGCUGGCCAUGUCUGCCCGGCGUGAGGGCGCUCUGCUUCCAGGGCGCCCCACGCGCCGGGCGGCAACCUGGGGAACACCUGCGAAGCACGGGGCGUCCUCCGGGCGCCCCGUGCUCCGCGCUACCGAGCUGCCACCCGCAAGCCGUGCGCGCCCAGGGGAUCUCCCGGGCGCGCAAGGCUGCAGACACCUACACGAAGCACGGGCGUCCUCCCGAGGCGCCGUGCUCCGCGCGAGCUGCCGCCCGCAAGCCGUGCGCUCUAUUGAGAUCCCCGGGCGCAGGCUACGGGCCUGCACGGCACGGGCGUCCUCCGAGGCGCCCCGUGCUCAGCAUGCAGGCUGCCGCUCGCAAGCCGUGCGCGCCCAGGGGGAUCUCCCCGGGCGCGCAAGGCUUCUGAGACACCCCUGCACGAAGCACGGGGCGUCCUCCUAGGAGGGCGCCCCGUGCUCCCGCGCUACAGGCUGCCGCCCGCAGAGCGUGCGGCGCCCAGGGGAUCUCCCGGGCGCGGCUUCACAGACACCUACGAAGCACGGGCGUCCUCCCGGAGGCGCCCCGUGCUCCGCAUGACUGCAGCCCGCAAGCCGUGCGCGCCAGGAUCUCCCCCCGGGCGCAGAGCAGACACCUGCACGAAGCACGGGCGUCCUCCGGGCGCCCCGUGCUCAGCAGCUACAGGCUGCCGCCAUAGCGCCAGGCUCGGGGAGAUCCCCGGGCGCGGGCUUGACACCUGCGCGAAGCACGGGGCGUCCGGAGGCGCCCCUUGCUCCGCGCUGCAGAUGCCGCCGCAGAGCCUUGCGCUCGGGAGAUCCCGGGUGCGCAAGGCUGCGGUUCUCUGUAGCCUGGGACGUCCUCCGAGGGCGCCCCGUGCUCCAGCGCUGAGCCGCCCGCAAGCCUUGCGCUCCCGGGGAGAUCCCCGGGUGCGCAAGCUGCAUUCCUGCGCGAAGCACGGGGCGUCCUCGGGGCGCCCUGUGCUCAGCAGCUGCAGGCUCGCCAUAGGCCGGGCGCGCCCGGGGAUCUCCCCUGGGCGCGCAAGACUGCGGGCACAGCACGGGGCAUCCUCCGGAGGCGCCCCGUGCUCCGGCUACGAGCUGCUGCCAUGGCCUUGAGUGCCCAGGGGCUUCCCGGGUGCGCAAGGCUUGCAGAUGCUUUCCUGGAGCCUGAAGGCGAGAGGUGUCGGUGCGCACGGCGCCUCUCGCUCAAACUUUCAGCGAACCUACAUUCGCACUCCAUAGGACGCACACACAUUUCCCUUCAUUUUUGGAGGCGAUCCUAUGGAGCGAAAAAUAUGGUAAUGAAUUCAAAGCCUAGUUUGGUCCUAAGCGUUGACUUUCCAGUGAUAAAAAUAAGCACAUUUUGGAGGAGGCUUGAACACCAUGUGAACACAAGGCUUCAUAAAUUGGGGCUACACACACAGAUCUGGUUCUCUUCCAUAAUUUUCUCAAAAGUAGUUGGGCUCAUGUUAGCUCAAUCUAUGAUAGCUUAAAUCUAUGCAGAAUGGAGCAUGCAAAUAACUUAAUGGUACAGUUUCUGAAUAAUAGACAUUCACACCUGUGAUGUGUCUUGCUUCAGUAGGGGGUAAGUAAACUAGGAUUGCCCUAAACCAAUAUGGCAUUUGGAACUACGUUUUGCUCUUCUGUCUGUAUUUUAGACCUUAGAUACCUUAAUGAUUACUGCUGGGCUGAUAACACUAGUUCUGGAGGAAGAUGGCACAGUGGUGGAAACAGAAGACUUCUUCCAAUCCCUGGGAGACAACACACAUUUCAUGGUUCUAGAGAGAGGACAGAAAUGGAAGCCAGUAAGUGUUGUUCUGAAAAUAGUUUAUUACAGAAAAUAAUAAACUUGAUAUGCCCUGUUUGCUUUGAGUUUAAACAAAACUUCUUCAGUCUUUCUAAUUACAGGCCUAAUUACACCCACCAAACCUUGGAGAUCAGCCCACCAGGAAGUUUUGGGCAGACUACCCCUCUCUUUCCCGUGCCUAAUGUCGUGUGUGACCUCAGGCAUGGGAGACUCCAGGUCCCACGGGAGCAAUGCAGAUUCGGGCACCAGAUUCCGAAAGUGCCAACUUGUUGACGCAAAGGAAGAAUCGGGAACAGAUUUCUUCUACCUUUUAAUUGCCAGCUUGAAUUCAGUUCCUGGUAUUGUGUCUGCUUAGUUACAAAAGACAGAAUUGUUUCCAUCUCCGUACUGUUGUAAGCAUUAAUAGAUAGGUCACACCCGUGAAGCCUAUUGUAAUGAAACUAGGUAUGCUUCUUUGGGAACACAUCCUGUUGAACAAAGUAGAACUGUCACUCUGAAUGUGUAUUUACUUGGAAGUAAGCAUCCAGAACAGAGGGUGGCAGUUACAGGACAAAACAGUGUUUCUCCAUGAGAGUAAAUAGUCAUGCCAAUUAGCUGUUAGAGUUACAUUUUUUCUACAUAUAUUCUUUAUUCCCCCACCCCACCCCAAGAAGUAAAACCAUAAAUUUAAUAACUGAACACUUUACAGAGGUUAGGUAGCUGGAGGGUAUAAAAUGCAGGACAAAGGCAACACUACCUCCAUGGAUGACUAGUGAGAUAGAGAAUGAUAUUUCCUGAACCUUGUUUCUCUGAUUUGCUAGUCCCCCAGUUCAGUAGAAAUCCCGAAACAAUAAAUGUUAUAUCUGACAUUAUAUCACUUGUGUUAAAUCUGGAUACUGAGAUUAUUCUCCAGUGUCUCUCUAAGCCUCUAAGGUGGUGGUGAAAAAAAUAUUUUCCAAACUGUUCUCAAAUUUUUCAAACAAGCUUUACCGUAUUCCAGUAAUUGUAAACUUCCAAGGGACUCAAGAGCUUGAUUCAAAACCCAUUUUGGUGGUUAAACCAUAGUUCAAAAGCUAUUGAUUAAUUUCUGUUCUCAGUAAGUUAAUUAGUCGGAAAAAAAUCCUACAGGGCUCUUGGGUGUAUAUAGGUGUUGUGAGCUGAAAUAUUUCAUACACUUGUUUUUCUUUCCUCUGAAUUAGGGGCCAAGACCCUGCUUUGCAGCAGUACAGCAGCCAAAGAAAAUGGGGGUGGCAAAUAUCACCUUGGAUUUGUACAAAGUGAACCCUAAGGACUUCAUUGGCUGCCUAAAUAUCAAAGCUACCUUUUAUGAAAUCUAUUCUGUGACAUAUGAUAUCCAAUGCAUGGGAGCAAAGGCUGUACUGAGGUAAGUGUGUGCCUCUAGUUCAGACUCAACCAUGCAUAGGUGAAAUUACACCCAAAAGUCCACAACUGAAUAACUCCCUUAUUAAGAUCAACCCAAAAGUCUGACAUGAGGCAAGCUUUCAAGCCUCUGGAAUCCUUCAUUGGACAAAGUGUUAAACAAAGCAGUGACUGUUAGGGUGAGGGAAAAUCAACAAAAGUUGGGGUCAGUGUUGUAGUAAUGAGACCAUCAUGAAUAUUUGAAUGUAAGGUGGAGAUUGUAUGUGUGCGAUUCCCUCCCAGGUGCCACUGUUUAUCAAGCUACAUACCUAGGAUUCUGGGAUAAAAAAGCAAUGGCUGUUGUCCCCAUUCAUUGACAAAAUAAAGCCGCCUUUCCCACAUCUUAAACAAAGCACCUGGGUUCCAGGGUAGGCAGAGAGCACAAGUAAAGGGAAACAUGGCAGUGAGUUACAUUACAAGAAGUUGUGUGGAGGGAGAGUUGUCCCAGUUUGCAUCACUUUACACUUUGAACCACAUUUGACACUUUAACAUCCAUACACCUGUUUUGGGAUUUGAUAUUUGUCUGCCCUACCAUGAAUAGCUUGCUGGCAAAAUUUGCCACCUAACUGCUCAGUCUCUACGACCGUCCACUUAUGAACAAGAUAAGAAUCACUGGUCCAAGUUCAGAUCCUUAAAGUACCCAGUACAAAUGCUGCACUGAUAAAGACUAUAAAAAGGAAAUGCUGGAAGUGAAAUUUCAAAGAGGAGCUGAAAUGCCAGAGCUGCUGUUUCUGUAAUGUCAGUCUUCUUAAAAAUAAAUUCAAAUAGAGAAAAAAAAUAUUGAUAACUCUGCUGUCUGUUCAGAUAUCUUAAUGUGUUGUGCCAUGGAGGCUAAGCAAGCUACACCUGAUUCCCUAGAUACAUGGUGACCUGCUAAAUAAAGGCAUGAGCAAGUUGAAUGUUCAAGGAACUGGCAAGCUUAUGAAAUGACCUGAAGGUUCUUGAUGUCUCAGACUCUCUGAAACACUAGGUGGUGGUAGUGCCUAACAUUUCUGAAACAAAAACUGGAGUGCAAUGAUAAGGAAUUCCCUAUAAAAAUGUGGGAGUUACAAAUGCAGAAGGACUCCUGCAAAUAUAGCAAGCACUGACAUGUUUCUAGAAGUUAUUAAGGUGGUGAUAGUGGGAUAAUAUCCAGAAACAACAGCUUUCGGUCUGUUAAGGUAGGCUACUGAUCUGAUCCAGUAUAUUUUAAUUGCUGCAGCAUGAGGAAGCAAGCGAAUAUAUAUUAUAAUUAAUUCUAGCAGUCCCCUGUAGGAAUGUAUGAGCCUUUCUGACUUUCAGGUUAGACUUAAUUGCAAAGUAAAUAUACUUAGAAUGGCAGCAAAAAACAAAAGGAACUUCAUCUGGGUAUUUGAACAUAGGAAUUUCAGAACCUUUCACAAUAGCAUGAAAAGAAAGCAAUAUAAUAAAUUGGCAUAGAAGUUUCAUAUAAAAUGGCUAGAGCAGGCAUAGGCAAACUCUGGCCCUCCAGAUGUUUGGGACUACAAUUCCCAUCACCCUUGACCACUGGUCCUGUUAGCUAGGGAUGAUGGGAAUUGUAGUCCCAAAUUGCUAACAAUCUUUAAAAUACCUGGAUAAUUAAAGAUUGUUACCGGCAGCUAAAAUAACAAUGUUGGUGUCAGGUGAGAUUGGGCAUUCCAUAACUGGGAUGCUCCAGUUGAAAAGUCUCUUUUUUGCUGACCACCUGAUGGUGUAGGAUAUCAACAGAUCUUGGAAUGCGGGCAGGUUGACAUGGGAGUCUGUUUUCUCCAGGUAGCUAGGCCCAAAGCAUUUGCAGCUUUAAAAGUAAGCAUCCAGCUCUUUGAAUUGGACUUGGAAGUGAAUGCUGCCAGAUAUUCUGCACUAAUUGAAGCUUCUAAACCAUCUUCAAAAGCAUCUCCAAGUAUAAUGUCACUGCCAUCAGCCAUGCUCUGAUAACCUUCCAUUUGGCUAACUGGCUAGGCUAUCCCUGUCCAGAAGUAUUCUGUGCUACCAGUUGGUCUUCAAGCAACAAAGCUGGAUCCAGGAGAAUCCUUAAACUCAAUUUGCUCUUUCAGGAAAAGUGCAACUUCAGAAAAAGUGCAGAGCAUGUGCUGGUGUAUGGACAAAAGUGAUGAUGUGUUUUCUCCUUUUGUGCAUUUUUUUUUGAACUUCUGUCUAAGCUUAAUGUGUUUCUUUAUUUAAGGAGGAUACUUCGAUAUCUGUCACAUAUGGCACAAGUUACGGGACAUGUCCUUCUUUACACUGGAACAUAUGUGCUACAGUUAAUGGGUGACUAUGAAGAAGAUCGGCUUACAAAUGGAAAGCGCUAACUAAAACCAGCAUAAGAGCCUUUUAUUGCUGGUUCUGCAGCUGAUACUUAAGCAUUUUUAACUUAAAUAUAUUUAUAACUUAACACACUAAAUGGUCUAGCAGCACUUUAAUGACCAAAAGUUUAACUAAAGUAGCUUUUUUCAUGUACAGGUUUUUCAUUAAGAUAAUGAUGUCAUAAGUGUAAAAUAUGAUUGGAAUCUUUUUAAUGCAGUGGAAGGAGAAGUUUUUCAUAGAAAUUACUGUGCCAUAAACUUCAAAAAUGAAGAGUUGUGUGAAUGGGAAGCAGGCAUUUAGUGACUUAUCAACUGAGAUGUGUCUGUUAAUUAGCAUAUGAACAGCCAUGUAGCAAAUUCUGAUUGGAGGUGGUGACUGUUUGUAGAAGUUUAAUACUAAUCUUGCCUACCACUUAAAACUGUUUUUCUUAUAAAUAAAUUUCCAAGCUUCUGUAUUUCAAAACUA